AUGACUCAUUCUUUUCCUGUUGGAACAAUCCAAGUGAAUUUGGCAGGCCCUGUCCAAAAUAUAAUGUCGGACCCUCAAUCAAUCGAUGAUCCAAAUCCAAAUAUUGGUGCCGAAAUGGGAAAUGCUCAAGUUAUUGCAUCAGGUAUGGACGCCGAAAAACAACAAUUCGCAGUCCAAUGCGCCAAUGAAGCCAUUGCUCAACAUUCAAAUCAAAAUAUGGCAGUGGCUCAGUACAUAAUGUCUAAUUUCGAGGAGAGGUAUGGCUCACCAUGGCACUGUGUCGUAAGUGACGGAAGUUUGGGAUUUUACGUACGAUACGAUCCUUCAAAUCAUAUCUAUUUCUCCAUAGGAGCAACUACUAUAUUUUUGUUCCAAAAUCAAUGCCAAUAA